AACAAAAACAAAGAAAUGGCCGAUGGUGGUUGCUGCCGAUCUGUUUGGUUUGGGCCCUAAUAAUGAAAUCCUGUGGUUUUUAGUUACUCACUCACCAAUUCAAUGGCCGCUGCCCUUCGAGUGAAACACAAGUUUCUCCGUCGCUUAAAUCUCACUUUUUCUUCAUUCCUCAUUCUGACUUAAUCUCUCUUUCUCUCUCUCUCUCUUUCUUUCUCCGAAAGACAGCUCUAUGGCGACCAAGAUUCUAUGGUGUCUCUUGUUUUGUGCUCUGUUCGUUUCUGUGUUUUCUGCAGCUGAUUCAAAUGUGACAGAUAACCCUGCUGAUAAACUAGUAGUCGUGCUUAACAAGAACAGAACUGCUCACAAAUUACCUGCUCUAAAAGAUAAUCCUGGCUUGGCAUGCCUUGCUCUUCAGUAUAUCAAGGCAUACCAAGGGAAAUGCGACGCGGUCGGAGGUCCCGACGGAAUGAAGCCUCCAAAUUCUGCAUUUACUGAAACAUUUGCUCCCAAUUGUGGAGUUCUUGUCUCUUCUCUUGCUCCCAUCACUGGGCGGUUGCUUGGUUGCCAGUCUAAAUAUGUUCAUGCUCCUGAAGCAUUUUCUGAUGUUUUGAUGCUGAAUGAGAAGAGCUUGGAGAUUCUCAACUACAAGAACAACACAGAAGUUGGAGCUGCUGUGACUGGCACUGAUGGGGGCUCGCCCUACUUUUGGUGUGUGUUGUUCAGCAAUGGCAGCCUCUCUAAUAGCUUUGCCUUUGAGGGAGGUGUGGCUAAGUUAACGCGGCCUGGUUGCUACAGUGGGGCUAAUGACCAAUGCAGCAAAGCCAAUAGCCAAUUCUUAACCACACGUAUGUUGCUAUUAGCUUUGACAUCUUUGGUUGCUAUAACAUAUGCCUUUGGUUUAUGAUCAUCAGCUCUCAUCCAAACAUGAAACCUCGUAUUCUUUGUUUGAUUCUAUGGUUUUUGAUUUGUUUUUGGUGUGCCCGAUUCGUGCUUUUCUGUUAUCAAGUCGUUAUAUAUUGUAAUAUCUCAUGAAUUCAUGGAUCUCAUAGGAGCCAUUUUUCUCAGUGAGCUGAUAUAGAAAGUUCCAGUGUAUUAAGUACUGUGAUGUUUGAAAUGAAUCAGAUUUUUUUAGCUGAU